AUGUCCAAGAUCUCCCAGCUUCAAAAUUUGAAGGCGGGUUUGACACCAGGCUGCCAGAUUCUUACAGAUACCAGCGAUGCUAAGUUCGUCGAAUACCUGAAGCGAUGGACGGAUAUUGAUCUCAUGGUCCCAGGAGCUAUCGUGCUUCCAACCUCAGAAUAUGACAGCCAAAAGAUUGUGCAAUGGGCUUCGAAAUCUUCAGUUCCUUUUGUGAUGAAGAGCGGAGGCCACAGUGAAUACUCUACUAUCGGCAGUAACGGUAUAAUCAUUGAUCUGAGUCUAUACAAGGGAAUAGAAGUUGAUAAAACCUCUGGCACGGCGACGCUCAAGGGUAGUAUCCUCACCAAAGAUGUAGCUACAGCUCUUGCAGAGGCCGGUUACUUUACCGCUUUAGGAAAUGGCAAUACUGUGGGCGCCAUCCCUUACUUCCUUGCCGGUGGAGCAUCUUUAACACCUUCCAUCACAGGUUUUGGCGCCGAUCAAAUUCUUUCCGCGCAUCUGAUAACCGCCAAAGGAGAGCUUGUAAACGUGACUGACGAGACACAUCCGGAUCUCCUAUAUGGCCUUCGUGGCGCAGGACAGUUUUUCGGCCUCGUCACAGAGCUUGUCAUCAAGUGCUAUCCUCUCCAUGCUCUCGGAAACGACCUGGGUACCAUCUGGGCGGGCGCCUUCGUCUUUCCCCUCAGCCGUGCCCCGGAAGUGACGUCUGUCAUGAAGCAUCUGAUGGACGACGACCGCCACGCAACAGCUGGUCUCAUGAUGAUAAUGGCACCCCCGCCAGCGCGGAACCCUUGCCUCGUUAUCGCAACCAAGUACACGGGCGAUCCGGAACAGGCGCCGAAAGCUUACAAGGCGUUGUACGAGCUUCAGCCCAUUGUGGCGAAUGGAGCGUCGGUGCCGAUUCAGAACGCGAACGAUGCCCAAGAUGCACUCGGUGCCAAAGGGGAUUUCAAACGUUUUGGUAUCAUCGGCCUGCACUGUUUCGAGCAAGAUUCCUUUCUCAAGACGAUUGAGCUGUGGAAGGAAUUGGUUGCUGAGUGUCCGGAUGCAAUCAAUACAUCGUUCAACUUCAAGUGGGAUUCAAGGCCCGCCAAAAAGCCCGGCUUUGAAUCAGCCAUGAGCCUUCACGACAUUCGAUAUUUCCAGAACAACUUGAUAUGGCAUACCGACGCCGCGAAUCGAGACAAGGUCGACGAGUACAACAGCAAAUCAUACGCCAUUAUGCGUAAUGCGGACAAGGAGGCGGAUUUUGUAGAUUUCCCGCCUGGGAGAGAUGGGCCGGUUCAGAGGCGGUAUAGAGGGGUCGAGAGGCUUGCUCGCUUGAAAAGUCUGAAGAGAGAAUGGGACCCGACAGGCGUAUUUACAAACCAAUUACUUGAGUAG